UUUGUCGAUGAGUUUACAGUUAGAGCCUAAAACCCUAACCCCUUUCACCUCAUUCUCUCUCGUCUCUUCUCUUCUCUUCUCUUCUCAGUUUCUCCGACGUGGGUCGUCGUCUCUCCGCCGCGAUUUAUCGGUUCACCUUAACUUGGGUAUCUGUGUUUUUCACUUUCUUCUAUGUUCUUCUAAGUGUAUUUGUGCUCUACUGUAGAAAAAUUUUGAUUCUCCUUUUGUUUCGAACUGCUCAUUGCGAUUUCUGGGGUGUAAUUGGGUAAGAGAAUUAGGAUUGGAAGCCAUGGUUGGGUGGCAAAGACAUAUAAAAUCUCUACUAAAUCAUGUUGGGAAAAAAGUGGAACAUAGUUACACUCCAUCUGCCAACUUAUGUAGUUCUCGCUUAGGCUCCUCGUAUAAGCCAGGUGAGUUUUCUUACCUUCAAAGGCUGAAGAAUCCACCCUCGCCAACCGUUUUGAGGCCCUUUCAUCAAUAUUUUCAGCAGUUGGGGAUUUCUACGUCGAGGAAGUUACUAGCAAAUUCAUCUGAGGAAGCACCUAUUCGGUCUCCCUUGACACCUGUUUUGGCAUUAAAUAGUGGCAAAGCAGAAGACCAGCAGCAGAAAGCAGUUUCUAAGCCUUCUACAGUUCAAGCUGUCUUGAAGAACAUAAAACAGAGUCCAAAGAAGGUAAAUUUGGUUGCUGCAUUAGUGCGUGGAAUGCGAGUCGAGGACGCAUUGUUGCAGUUGCAAGUGACCAUAAAGCGAGCUUCGAAAACAGUUUAUCAGGUUAUUCACUCGGCCCGAGCAAAUGCAACUCAUAAUCAUGGCUUGGAUCCAGACCGCCUUCUUGUUGCGGAGGCCUUUGUCGGGAAAGGCUUUUUCAAAAAGAGAGUUUCUUACCACGCUAAAGGAAGAAGCGGAAUUAUGGUGAGACCAGAGUGUCGAUUGACAGUAGUAGUAAGGGAAACUACCCCUGAAGAGGAGGCAGAGAUAGCAAGACUGAAAGUCCACAAUUUCCGUAAACUCACCAAGCGUGAACACCGCCUUGUCCCUCAUAAGCUGAUAGAGACCACUCCAAUUUGGAACAGGAAAGGCAAACGCGACAAUCGUGAAUCAAGUGGUAUGACUGCAUAAGCCAGCUUCCCUUUUUCUCUUACAUUCUCGUGAAAAAGUUCCUACUACAAAGUGUUUGAACUUCCCAAAUAUUUUUGAUUCUAUGAUAUGGGAUUUUUGAAUUGCCUAAACUUUUUAUUCUAAAUAAGAAUAAAAUUAUGAAUGACUUGAAUGAAUUUAUUGCCAUUGGAAA